CUCUCUCUCUACACACUCUCCUCCUUCUCGUGUUAGCUCAUCCAUGGAAUUGGGAUUCUCAACAAACAGUCAAGUUUUCCCCUUUGUAAUGGCACUUCCCUCUGUAACUGUACGUAUAAAGCCCAAAUGGUGGGAUAAGAUACCUGAAAAGGCCCUUCCUCACUCUUGGAGCUUUCAGAGGUAGAUGAAAUGCUCUUUUUGCACUUCGGUUUUAUUGGAAUUAGGGCUAAAAUGGAGUUAGUUUUGGUUUGAUUGGAUUGGUUUGUGAUGUUGGAUGGUGGGUUUUGGAGUGUUUCACAAAUGUUGAAAGUGAAUUUCGGUUUUCAACUGUCAGAGAUUCACUGAUAGAAGUUGAUUCUGCCCAGCUUAUUAUCUGAUUGAAUUUAGAGUUAAAACGGCUCUCCCUUUUUAGGGUUUUAUUGUGUCUUAUGGGUUCACGUGGAUGAUUUUAACAACAAGUAUUUGACUUUUAAACUGAUUUAGCUUCCUAUUUUGGGAAGUUAUGGCCAUGGAAGAAGAUCUUAACAAACCCCUGCUCGACCCUGAGAACUUCAACCGAGAUGCCAUUGAUUUGGAACGAUUACCUUUGGACGAAGUCUUCGCGGAACUGAAAACAUCAAGAGCAGGACUUACAUCGGCAGAUGGUGAAAUUCGCUUGACGAUCUUUGGGCCCAACAAGCUUGAGGAGAAGCCGGAGAACAAGUUUUUGAAGUUUCUUAGUUUCAUGUGGAAUCCCUUGUCUUGGGUUAUGGAAGCAGCUGCAGUGAUGGCAAUUGUCCUUGCAAACGGUGGAGGCAAAGAUCCUGAUUGGCAAGACUUUGUGGGAAUCAUAUGUUUGUUGAUCUUAAAUUCUACAAUCAGUUUCGUGGAGGAGAAUAAUGCUGGUAAUGCUGCGGCAGCACUAAUGGCCCGUCUAGCUCCAAAAACUAAGGUCCUUAGAGAUGGACAAUGGCAAGAAAAAGAUGCUUCUAUUCUAGUACCGGGUGAUAUGAUUAGCAUCAAGCUUGGUGAUAUCAUCCCAGCAGAUGCUCGUCUGCUUGAAGGAGAUCCUUUGAAAAUUGACCAGUCAGCCCUAACUGGAGAAUCACUUCCAGUCACAAAGAGAACGGGGGAUGAAGUCUAUUCUGGUUCAACAUGUAAGCAUGGAGAGAAAGAAGCUGUUGUAAUUGCUACGGGCGUUCAUUCUUUUUUUGGGAAAGCUGCACAUUUGGUUGAUUCUACUGAAGUCAUUGGGCACUUUCAGAAGGUUCUUACAGCCAUUGGGAACUUCUGUAUCUGUUCUAUUGCUGUUGGAAUGAUUCUUGAAAUUAUUGUCAUGUAUCCCAUCCAACAUCGAUCUUAUAGAAGUGGAAUCGAUAACCUUCUUGUUCUCUUGAUUGGAGGAAUACCGAUUGCCAUGCCCACUGUAUUAUCUGUAACACUUGCAAUUGGUUCUCACCGUCUUUCUCAACAGGGUGCAAUCACCAAGAGGAUGACUGCAAUUGAAGAAAUGGCUGGCAUGGAUGUUCUUUGUAGUGAUAAAACCGGCACGCUUACAUUGAAUCGCCUCACUGUGGACAAAAAUCUCAUUGAGGUUUUUCACAAAGGCAUGGAUAAAGAGACUGUGAUCUUACUGGCUGCAAGGGCAGCAAGACUUGAGAACCAAGAUGCAAUUGAUACAGCCAUUAUCAACAUGCUUGCUGAUCCAAAAGAGGCACGUGCAAACCUUACAGAAGUUCAUUUCCUUCCUUUCAAUCCUGUUGAUAAACGAACUGCAAUUACAUACAUUGAUUCUGAUGGCUGCUGGUAUCGAGCCAGUAAAGGAGCACCAGAGCAGAUUCUAAGUCUCUGCCAAGAAAAACAUGAGAUUGCUGGAAAGGUGCAUGCAAUUAUUGACAAAUUCGCUGAGCGGGGGUUGCGAUCCCUUGGGGUGGCUUAUCAGAUGGUACCAGAGAAAUCAAAAGAUAGUCCUGGUGGUCCCUGGAUGUUUUGUGGGUUAUUACCAUUAUUUGAUCCACCUAGACACGAUAGUGCUGAGACCAUACGCAGAGCACUGAGCCUUGGUGUCUGUGUGAAGAUGAUUACAGGUGAUCAGUUGGCUAUCGCGAAAGAGACUGGGCGACGUCUUGGCAUGGGUACAAACAUGUACCCUGCUUCUUCUUUGCUGGGACGUGAAAAAGAUGAACAUGAAAUCCUCCCAAUGGAUGAGCUCAUUGAGAAAGCUGAUGGGUUUGCUGGAGUAUUCCCUGAGCACAAAUAUGAGAUUGUAAAAAUUCUUCAAGAGAAGAAACACAUUUGUGGGAUGACUGGGGAUGGUGUUAAUGAUGCCCCUGCUUUGAAGAAGGCAGAUAUUGGAAUAGCGGUAGAUGAUGCUACUGACGCUGCUAGGGGCGCUGCUGAUAUUGUCUUGACAGAGCCUGGUUUAAGUGUCAUUGUAAGUGCUGUUUUAACUAGCCGAGCAAUAUUUCAGAGGAUGAAAAAUUACACGAUCUAUGCGGUAUCUAUAACCAUACGAAUUGUGCUUGGUUUUAUGCUCCUCGCUUUGAUCUGGGAAUAUGACUUUCCCCCUUUCAUGGUCCUAGUCAUUGCAAUUCUGAAUGAUGGGACAAUCAUGACUAUUUCUAAAGAUCGAGUCAAACCAUCACCAACACCCGACUGUUGGAAAUUGAACGAGAUCUUUGCAACAGGCAUUGUGAUAGGGACUUAUCUUGCACUGUGUACUGUGCUAUUUUACUGGGUUAUUGCAGACACUACAUUCUUUGAGACCCAUUUUCACGUGAGGUCACUAAGCAACAGUGAGGAGAUCUCAGCUGCCAUUUACUUGCAAGUGAGCAUAGUCAGCCAGGCUCUCAUCUUUGUUACCCGUAGCCGAGGUUGGUCAUUUCUGGAGCGUCCAGGAACUCUCUUGAUUUGCGCAUUCAUUGUGGCUCAACUGGUUGCUACCUUGAUAGCAGUCUAUGCAAAUAUCAGCUUUGCUUCAUUCAGCAGCAUUGGAUGGGGCUGGGCUGGGGUGAUAUGGAUUUAUAGUGUAGUCUUCUAUGUCCCUCUAGAUAUAAUCAAAUUCGUUGUUCGGUAUAGCCUAAGUGGAGAAGCUUGGAAUCUCUUGUUUGAGAGAAAGACUGCAUUCACCUACAAGAAAGAUUACGGGAAGGAGGACAGGGAAGCUAAAUGGGCUAUUGCUCAAAGAAGUCUAGAGGGGCUACUUCCCACUGAUAUAGAGAAUAAUGGUAGGCACUCUUCAAUGAUUGCUGAGCAGACGAGGCGGCGUGCUGAAAUCGCAAGGUUGAGAGAGUCGCAUAUUCUCAAGGGGCAUGUUGAAUCCGUGAUCCGGCUGAAAAAUUUGGAUAUAAGCACAAUUCAAGGGGCUUAUACGGUCUAAAAUCUCGAGCUUAUAUAACAUUUUAGCUGAAAAAAAGAUGAAUCAUUACAAUAAGGAAAAGAAAAAAGCCAUUGUGGUGAUCAUGGCAAAGUUCAUUAUUGCAGCAUGGUCAUGCAUGAUAUGGGAAUUCAUUCUAAUGAAUUUGGGGUUGAUCUGACCAAUUCUUUGUGUUAAGACCCUUUCAGUUUGAAGGAGAGCUUUAGUGAGAUAGGGCCUUCAAACUCAGGUAUCAAACCCGCCUUUUAUUUUUUUUCUAAUUGAGACUUCUAUGGUUAUUGUAUUCAGUUUUGGAAUUCCAUUGUAUUUCAGUUUUGGCACAGUGGUGCACUUGGUAGUGUUGCUGUAUGAAAUAAGAGCAUGUGAAACGAAUAAAGGAAAAAGUUAAGCCUGUAUACAAAGGUCAUGUUUUUUUGACACAAAAAGAGAAUCUGAUUAUAUUGUAAGAUAUAAAACAUGAGAACAACAUGCUUCUUCCGGCAA